UUGGGUCCGCCAUCUUGGCCAGAGGCGAAGCGGAGGCUCCUGUCAGGGGCAGCAGGUCCGGAGCGGCCCGAGUUCCGCUUCUCUGGGCUGCAGCCCGAGCCGCAGCGGAGCCAGAGCGUGGUGCGCCCCACCUGCGGCCUCACCAUGGUGCUGUUGGCAGCAGCAGUCUGCACGAAAGCUGGAAAGGCUAUUGUUUCUCGACAGUUUGUGGAGAUGACCCGCACUCGGAUUGAAGGUUUAUUAGCAGCUUUUCCAAAACUCAUGAACACUGGAAAACAACACACUUUUGUUGAAACAGAGAGUGUAAGAUAUGUCUACCAACCUAUGGAGAAACUGUACAUGGUAUUGAUCACUACCAAAAACAGCAAUAUUUUAGAAGAUUUGGAGACUUUAAGGCUCUUCUCAAGAGUGAUUCCUGAAUAUUGUCGCGCCUUAGAAGAAAAUGAAAUAUCUGAGCACUGUUUUGAUUUGAUUUUUGCUUUUGAUGAAAUUGUUGCUCUGGGAUACCGGGAGAAUGUUAACUUGGCACAGAUCAGAACCUUCACAGAAAUGGAUUCUCAUGAGGAGAAAGUGUUCAGAGCAGUCAGAGAGACUCAGGAACGUGAAGCUAAGGCUGAGAUGCGGCGUAAAGCAAAGGAAUUACAACAGGCCCGAAGAGAUGCAGAGAGACAGGGCAAGAAAGCACCAGGAUUUGGUGGAUUUGGUAGUUCUGCGGUGUCUGGAGGCAGCACAGCAGCCAUGAUCACAGAAACUAUCAUUGAAACUGAUAAACCAAAAGUGGCACCUGCACCAGCCAGACCUUCAGGUCCUAGCAAGGCUUUGAAACUUGGAGCCAAAGGAAAGGAAGUAGAUAACUUUGUGGACAAACUGAAGUCUGAAGGUGAAACUAUUGUGUCUUCUAAUAUGGGGAAACGCACCUCGGAAGCAACCAAAGUGCAUGCUCUGCCCAUUAAUAUGGAAAGUGUGCAUAUGAAGAUUGAAGAAAAGAUCACAUUAACCUGUGGGAGAGAUGGGGGAUUACAGAAUAUGGAGUUGCAUGGCAUGAUCAUGCUUAGAAUCUCAGAUGAAAAAUUUGGCCGGAUUCGUCUCCAUGUAGAAAAUGAAGAUAAAAAAGGGGUGCAGCUCCAGACCCAUCCAAAUGUGGAUAAAAAGCUUUUCACUGCAGAAUCUCUCAUUGGCUUGAAAAACCCAGAGAAGUCAUUUCCAGUCAACAGUGAUGUAGGGGUACUUAAGUGGAGACUACAGACAACAGAGGAAUCUUUUAUUCCCUUGACAAUUAAUUGCUGGCCCUCUGAAAGUGGAAAUGGUUGUGAUGUGAACAUAGAAUAUGAACUGCAGGAAGAUAAUUUAGAGCUCAAUGAUGUGGUCAUCACCAUCCCACUCCCAUCGGGUGUUGGUGCGCCGGUGAUUGGUGAGAUUGACGGUGAAUAUCGACAUGACAGUCGGCGAAAUACCUUGGAGUGGUGCCUGCCAGUGAUUGAUGCCAAAAAUAAGAGUGGCAGCUUGGAGUUCAGCAUUCCUGGGCAGCCCAACGACUUCUUCCCUGUUCAAGUUUCCUUCAUCUCCAAAAAAAAUUACUGCAACAUACAGGUUACCAAAGUGACCCAGGUAGAUGGAAACAGCCCUGUCAGAUUUUCCACAGAGACCACUUUCUUAGUGGACAAAUAUGAAAUCCUGUAAUACCAAGAAGGAGGAAAGCCGAAAAGGAAAGAUUUCAGAUUAAUAAAGAAGAAGCCAAACGUGGCUGAAGAGUUUUUCCAAAUUUACAAGCCAUUGGAGACCCCCUUUUUUUCCUGAUACAGUGUACAUCCUCUGCGCACAAGGACCCUCAACUCACCCCAGCGUUCUGGUGUCACAGAGACAUUCUUUAACAAAGAAAAGACACUAACAUAAAGGGAAAGGCUGCUGAUUUCUUUGACAGAUUUUACUGGCCAGCAGGAAAGCAAGCUCUCCAGGGAAUCCCGUAAACACCUCUUCUGCCUUCAUAUAAGUUUCCCAUUUAUUUUAAUCCCUAAAUAUAGUUAUAUUUCAUACUUCGUUUUAAGUUU